GUCCCCAGAAUAGACACGAUUCUAGAUUCCCUGGGUGGAAAUUCAAUGUUCUGUGUGCUUGAUCUUCGCAUGUGUUACUUUCAAAUCGGUGUAAGAGAAGAGGAUCGUCCUAAAACGACUAUCGUCACCCCGUUCGGCGCUUGGCAGCACCUUCGGCUCCCGAUGGGACUCAAUGGUGCCGCGGCUAGCUGCGCCCGCAUGCUCGAUAUUGUUUUGCGCGAUCUUCCCAAGGGCACGUGUCAUUCCUACUUUGAUGAUGUUUGUUUGGGUGGUAAGACGUUCGAGGAGACACUUGAGAAGCUCGAGCUAGUUCUAGACAGGCUCCACCGAGCCGGUCUCACGAUCAAUCUGGAAAAGUGCUCCCUGUUCCGUUCGAGUGUCAAAUUCUUGGGACAUGUGGUGGAUGAGAGUGGCUUGUCUCUCGACCCCGACCGUGUGAGCAAAGUGCGCGACUGGCCGAUUCCGCGGACAGCCAAGCAGCUCUCCUCAUUCCUAGGGCUGGCUGGUUACAUGCGCAAAUUUGUCAAAAAUUUUGCGAGCAUCUCUGCACCGCUCUUCAAGCUGUUGCAGAAAGACGUGAAGUUCCAGUGGUCAGAGGAGGCGCAGUUCUCGUUCGACCGGCUUCGCAAAGCCCUCAGUGAAGCCCCAGUAGCACUAGAGAACUCGAACAGAAGUCAUCAGAAGAACAAGGAGAUUUAUGAUAGAAAGCUAAAUGAGAAUAGUUACCUACCUGGAGACAAAGUGUAUCUGCAUAAGGGAAUCGUUCCGCGCGGUCAGUAUUAUAAGUUUUUGCGUCCUUGGAAGAGAGCAGUAGUAGUAGAUCAGGUCGGUCUUCUGAACUAUAGGAUCAGACUAGAAGGAGCUAGGUCUACGCUCAUCGUACACCACAACAGGUUGAAGCCUCGAGUGGAUACCGGAGAAGGUGAGUCACCGGUGACCGCACCGACAGCGUCCGUCUCACGGGCGGACCCCGCCGCGAGACCACAGCCGGCUGUCGGGACAGCAGCAGGCGUGACCUUUCCGACAGGCCGAAGGAGGAUGGAUGGUGUCAGUGACAAUCAGAGGGUAAGUGGUGCGCAGUGUGAAGGUAGGCCUAGUUGCCAACCAGCUGACGCCGCUAGUCUUGACGACUCAGGACCGCCGGCCCUGUCCCUGCUGAAUCCGUUCGCCAUAUCUUUCGCCCCGCAGACACCCCCAGUUCAGACAGAGACAGCGCGUGAGACACGUGAGACGCCAGAGGAGGUCGCAGAACCGAUAGCAGGUUCAGCUCCGACUGGAACAGCAGAGGUGCCGCCCGACGUGGCGAACACUUAG